CCCCAUAUAUUCUUUUUAAUCCAUCCCUCCACACUCAAAUAAUAAGCCAAUUUCUUGAAGCCAAAAUUUACCAAAGAGCUUCUUUACUUCAUCAAAAACAUUUGAUCAAAAUGUGGUGUUUAAUAUUGGUUUUUCUGAGGGUUACUCUGCUGUUUUCUUUCUUCCCUUUGAUAUCUUCAUCAACCAGUGAAAUGGAUCCACAUGAACUUGAAACAUUGUUCAAGAUUAUGGAGACAUUGUCAGCUGAUCAAAACUGGAGAGAAUCUCAUCCUAACCCUUGUAAACCAGGCUCAUCUUGGAAUGGAAUUGAGUGUAAAACUACAGGGAAUGAUGGUUUCAUUCAUGUCUCCAGGCUUGAUUUCGGCAUUCCACCAAAUCCUUCUUGCAAAGAAACAGCCAUUUUUCCUGCAGAAAUCUUCCUGCUCCCCCACCUUGAGUCUGUAUUCUUCUUUCAAUGCUUCACAAACACUAAAACAGUCAUUUCUUUUCCAGAAGCAAAUCAAUUGCUGGUUAAUUCUUCACUCCAACAGUUGAGUAUCAGAUCAAAUCCUGCACUUGUUGGCCUAAUCCCAUCACAGAUUUCUUCGUUGAAAUCGCUAGAAAUCCUGACAUUGUCUCAGAACAAAUUCCAUGGUCCAAUUCCAGCUCAGAUUUUCAGCUUGAAGUCUUUAUUGCACCUUGAUUUCAGCUACAAUAUGAUAACUGGGAAAAUACCAUUUCAAGUUGGGAAUCUGGGAAAACUAGUUGGCCUAGAUUUGAGCUACAACAGUCUGACAGGUGCAAUUCCCAACACAAUUGGCCAACUGGGCAUGCUUCAGAAGCUUGAUUUGAGCUCCAAUCAACUCACUGGAAGCAUCCCAAUUGCACUUUUCAAUCUGCAGUCUAUGGUUUUUAUUGCACUGAGCAGCAAUAAAAUAAGAGGGUUCUUCCCUGUUGGACUCUCAAAGCUGCAGAAUUUGCAAUACUUCAUCAUGGAUGAUAAUCCAAUGUUCACAUUACUGCCAUCAGAGUUUGGUGACUUAGAGAAACUUCAAGAACUCAGGCUGGCCAAUUCAGGCUACUUUGGCACCAUCCCAUCAAGUUACUCAAAGCUGAGUAAUUUAAGCACCCUGUCAUUACAGAACAACAGAUUAAGGGGCGAAAUACCAGUUAGUUUCGGCAACUUAUCGCGCAUUUAUCACUUGAACUUGAGCAGGAAUUUCCUGGAUGGAGUUGUGCCUUUCAACUCAAGUUUCCUAAGCAGGUUGGGGAAGAAUUUAGACCUUAGUGGCAAUCCAGGCUUAUGCCUGAGCCCAAAUGAUGCACAUGGGUUCAACCUUGGAGUCAACAUCUGUAAAAGCAGUAAGAAAUCUGGGUUGCCAUGGCAGAAAUCUGAAGCUCACCAUCAUCAUCAUCAUCAACCGCAUGGAUUAACAUCAUUUUUUGUAACCAUUAUUAUUACUCUCAUUUCUGUAGCGUGGGCACAUUUAUUUCUCCACAUUUAGUGCCUUUCAUGUGAUUUUUUUUUUCUUUGCAACACUACUACUGUAGAAGAGGUCAAAUAUGUACCUAAUAUUAGGUAAUUUUUAAUGAUGUAAAUUCAUUUCUGAAUGCUUAUAAUUGCUUGCAACUCAUUGAAUAUGGCUGAAAAAAACUUUAAUUUACCAUUUGAAAUACUUUCAAGUCUGCUAUUCAUGCAGGA